CACGUGAGUUGGAGGCUUCCAGAAGGCGCAGCGGCGGCCGCGCGUGUCUCUUUCCGUGCCUGUUCCUUGCCGCGGCCUCAGUCUCGUUGCCAACGCCGCUGCCAUGUUGAGCGCCGCGCGGCUCCGCCUGCUCCUUCCCGGGCCAGCACAGGUUAUCUGGAAUGGUUUAUGUCAAGAUAUCCUUAGAGGUGUAACAAGCAGGAAAUAUGCCUCAGAAGCAAUCAAAGGUGCAGUCAUCGGUAUCGAUCUUGGCACAACCAACUCCUGUGUGGCUGUCAUGGAAGGGAAGCAAGCUAAAGUGCUGGAAAACGCUGAAGGCGCCAGGACUACCCCUUCCGUUGUAGCGUUCAGUAAUGACAACGAGCGAUUGGUUGGAAUGCCGGCUAAGCGGCAGGCCGUCACUAACCCUCAGAACACACUCUAUGCCACCAAGCGGUUGAUUGGGCGCCGAUACGAUGAUUCAGAAGUGCAGAAAGAUAUCAAGAACGUUCCUUUCAAAAUCGUCCGUGCUUCAAAUGGCGAUGCCUGGGUGGAAUCUCAUGGAAAGCUGUAUUCCCCGAGCCAGAUUGGUGCCUUCAUAUUGAUGAAGAUGAAGGAAACAGCAGAAAACUACCUGGGGCAUCCAGCAAAAAACGCAGUCAUCACAGUCCCUGCAUAUUUCAAUGAUUCUCAGAGACAGGCCACUAAAGACGCCGGACAGAUUGCCGGUUUGAACGUCUUGAGAGUUAUAAAUGAGCCCACCGCUGCAGCGCUAGCCUACGGUUUAGACAAGGCCGAAGACAAAAUCAUUGCAGUCUAUGACUUGGGUGGUGGCACAUUUGAUAUUUCUAUCUUGGAAAUUCAGAAGGGAGUCUUUGAGGUCAAAUCCACCAAUGGCGACACUUUCUUGGGCGGCGAAGAUUUCGAUCAGGCCUUGUUGCAGCAUAUUGUCAAAGAGUUCAAAAGAGAGACAGGCGUCGACUUGACCAAAGACAACAUGGCUCUCCAGAGAGUGAGGGAAGCAGCAGAAAAGGCAAAAUGUGAACUGUCUUCUUCAGUCCAGACAGACAUCAACUUGCCUUACCUCACCAUGGACGCUUCUGGGCCAAAGCACUUGAACAUGAAGCUGACCCGCUCUCAGUUUGAGGGGAUCGUGGCCGACCUGAUUAAGAGGACGAUCGCCCCUUGCCAAAAAGCCAUGCAAGAUGCGGAAGUCAGCAAGAGCGACAUCGGGGAAGUCAUCUUGGUUGGCGGCAUGACCAGAAUGCCCAAGGUGCAGCAGACCGUGCAGGACAUGUUCGGGCGGGCCCCUAGCAAAGCCGUGAACCCGGAUGAAGCCGUCGCGAUUGGGGCCGCCAUCCAAGGAGGCGUGCUUGCGGGAGACGUGACUGACGUGCUGUUGCUGGAUGUGACGCCUCUUUCCCUGGGAAUUGAGACCCUGGGAGGAGUCUUCACUAAACUUAUCAACAGGAAUACCACUAUUCCCACCAAGAAGAGCCAGGUAUUUUCUACGGCUGCUGACGGACAGACUCAAGUUGAGAUUAAAGUCCACCAGGGUGAGAGAGAGAUGGCCGGGGACAACAAGCUGUUGGGCCAGUUCACUCUGGUUGGGAUCCCCCCAGCUCCCCGGGGCGUUCCUCAGAUCGAGGUGACUUUCGACAUCGACGCCAAUGGAAUCGUUCACGUUUCUGCAAAAGAUAAAGGCACAGGGCGUGAACAGCAAAUUGUGAUCCAGUCUUCUGGUGGCCUCAGCAAAGAUGACAUUGAAAAUAUGGUGAAAAACGCUGAGAAGUACGCUGAAGAAGACAGGCGAAGAAAGGAACGUGUUGAAGCUGUGAAUAUGGCAGAAGGAAUAAUCCAUGAUACAGAAUCCAAGAUGGAAGAAUUCAAAGAUCAGCUCCCUGCUGAUGAGUGCAACAAGCUGCGGGAAGAAAUCGCAAAAAUGCGGGAGCUGCUGGCUCGUAAAGAUAGCGAAACGGGCGAGAACAUUCGGCAGGCGGCGACCACCCUGCAGCAAGCGUCCCUGAAGCUUUUUGAAAUGGCCUACAAAAAGAUGGCAUCAGAGCGGGAAAGUUCCGGAAGCUCUGGGGAUCAGAAAGAAGAAAAGGAAGAAAAACAAUAAUUCAGUCUAGUGCAGACUGGAACAGAAAGAGGAGGCGGGUGUUUUGAAGCUUGGGAGCCAGAGGACCUUCCUGGGCAGAUUUACGUCUUUACUGUGUUUUUGCAGUAUCCUAUAAUACUUUCAUAAAUGUAUACAUUAGUGAUGUGUCUAUUAGUGAAAUCAUCACCUGAUUUGAAAGAGGAAGUUAAUGCAGCGCAGCCCAUCCCCGAGGGCCAGUGCCCUUUUUCAGGUACAUCCACAGGAUUCAACAAGCUCUUUACUCGGUAUGGAGUAAAGCCGUGACUUCAGAAGGCUUGAGAAACGGUGUCCUGAGUUCAGGGGCGGGGCUUUGGAUUCCUGACUGUUUCAAGUUCCACCCUGAGCGAUGGAUCCUCUGUUUUGGGAACGUAUUUCUGUUUUCCGUGGGAAGGGAUUGCAGUAGGGUCUGGAUUCAGCUGUGGGAAGUGGAUGUACACAGUGCUCAGGUCUAGCUUAGUAUCCUUGCACCCAAGGAGGUGGGUCGCUUUAAAGCCGCCGAGGUUUGUAAACGAGGCCACGCUGAAGCGCCACUUACUGCUUGUCUAAGCUUUCUGUUCUAGCGGCUGUCUCAUCUCUUCUUACAGGAAAACAGCUUCCCAAUUAAUAAAAAAUAAUUCUUACUGGA